CCGUCCGUCCGCGUCGCGCGCUGCUGCCGCCGCCAUGGUGCGCUUCAAGAACAGGUACGUGCUCUGCGAGGUGAUCUCGGAGGACCCGCGGUGCCGGCAGUGCAUCGAGGACCGCGUGCUGGGCCUCGCCGUCAGAGACGCCAUCACACGGGUGCACGGGGAUUACGGCCUGGCGUGCUGCUCCAUCUCCUUCACAGUGAAGUACCUGAACGCCUACACCGGGACGGUGCUGCUGCGCUGCCGCAAGGACUCGUACCGGCUGCUGUGCUCCGCGCUGCCCUUCGUGCGGCACCUGGAGAGCCGCGGGCAGCGCUACCCCUGCUCCCUCAACACCCUGCACGUCGGAGGUACCAUAAGAACAUGUCAGAAAUUCCUGAUUCAGUAUAACAGAACACAGCUGCUGAGGUUGUUGCAAAACUGUACAAAUGAAGAGGAAAGACAAUGCAUACAGAAGUCCUUGUUGAGCUGUUCCCUUACAGAAGAGCAGUCUGAAAGUGGAGAUGAGGAGGAUGAUGAUGGCACAGAGACAGACUGAAUGGCACUUGUUAUUGUUCACCUCUAUUCUGUACUUGUUUACUCAAGAUGUGACUGAUUAUCUUCAGUGUUAAGCAGUGCAGGGUACUGGAAAAGCAUUUGUUCAUAUUUAGACUUCAUUCCCCAUUCCAAAUGUUUUUAAAUUUACAAAAAAAAUAAAACAUUAUUUCACUUAA